GUUAGCCCCAAUAUUACUGCUAAAUCUAGAAUACACUAACCUGAUUCUUGAGCGGUCACUUAAAGCUUGACAAAAAGUGACUAAGGUCUUUCCAUCUUUGAUUAACAACAACCACCAAACGGCAUCGGUCUUUCAACAUUUCAUCUCACAUUUUCAACACCGUAUUGCGAACAAUUUAAUAUCCAAUCUUGGCCACAGGAAACUGCGAUAAAAUACAUAAGCGCAGCUUCAUUUCAUCAAGGAUAAGACUAUCCCACUGGAAUUAUCAUCUACCUAGGUAUUUGACAACCAUCAAUUCCCAAGGUCUCGUCGCAUCCUACUCUACCAUUACAUCCAGCUAGUAUCCAGUGCCAUCAGGAACCUUGCACAGCAACAUGUCGUCGCCGGCGCCAAGCAACGACGGGGACGCUCCCAAGAACAGCCAGGAGCAGAUCACUUUCCGUUUCUGCGCAGAGUGUUCCAACAUGCUGUACCCCAAAGAAGAUGAAGAUGCCCAUAAGCUUCAGUUUACCUGUCGCACGUGCCAAUAUACCGAAGAGGCUACGUCUUCCUGUGUCUUCCGUAAUGUUAUCAACAGUGCAGCAGGAGAGACAGCUGGUGUGACCCAGGACGUGGGAUCGGACCCGACGGUUCGUAAUCAUAUUUCUUCUUCCACCCAGGCUUCUCCCCAUCCCCGCCCCCAUCUCCCUACUUCUACCGAUUGCAGCCUGGCUGUCUGUCUAAGAUGUGGCGUGACGCUCCUCCAUUGUGAUCGGUGCAAAGACCCUGCAUUGGUUGACGAGUACAAUCAUUUCGUUCGACAUAACCCGGAUUACGCCGUUACAAGAACCUUAGACUCCAUACGAUUCGCUAGCUAUUGGGCUUUCCAGGAUGAAGAAGGGAAGGCUGCUUGGGCCGACGAAUUUGCUUCAUGUAGCGAACCAGCUAUUCCCAAUCUCUCACAAGAUAAGGACAGUCUUGCCUAUUACAUUUCUGGCAAUAACUUCCUUAUGUCACCUGAUGCCUUGGAUGCUGAUCCUCCCGAAGCCCUUGAGGAUCCUCCCGAGUAUGGCGACGUGUCGAUGCCUUACCCUGAGCUCAUCUCUGCCCAGUCAACAAAAAUUGCUUCGCAAUGAUCUUGUCCUCUAGAUUUGAUGAUUAUAUUCUCAUAUCUACGUCUCGUUUAUACCUACUUGUCGCAUAUU